AUGAACCUCUUUGCUAGCAGAGACGAGGACCUGUACCGCUACAGCGAUAUCAUGGUGCUGCUGCGUGCAGGCACGGAUCAGCUGGCCAUGCAUUGUGGGAGGCUGGCCUAUGCCGUGUCGUUUCACGAGCACCGGCCGGGGGCCAAGAGGGAGACGCCCGUGAUGCCUGGCCGCCUUCUGCCUUCGCCACUUGCCGGGCUGGAGGGGACGCACGCGGCAGCUCGGACCAGCUCCCCGGUCCCGCUCUGGUCUCUGGGGAUCCCACCUCAGGGGUAUCCGGCCUCCAUCCCAGAGCCAUCCCUGCAGUUUUUACUGACCACAGAGUCCCAGGUUCCCGAGUGGCCUCCCGGCCGGCCCCAGCCUCACCGGGAGGCUUCUCCAGAGGUCACAAAAGACUUAUCAGAGGAAGAGCUGUUCUCAUCCGUGACCACCUCCUCCUCCUCCUCGCCGGUUUUGCUGCGACGAUUACCAAGUGAUGCCAGCCUCCACCUCCCUUCUCCAGGAUACAGCGCAAAGCUGGACUUCGAGGAGACGUUUUCAAGUGUGCCGGUAAAGGAAGAUCCUGCUGAACCCGGUCAGCCUGCACUGACGUCUCCAACCAACGACUGGCACCUGGCGAGUCCGAACAAGGAAUCCAUCACCAUCACGCUGCACGGCGCCAGCAACCUGCCCUCUGCUCGGAAGGGCCACGUGCCACAUCCCUACGUGGUUGUCAAAACCACCUCCGAUGAGGAGAGCAAGCAGCCCGCCCAAGGGGUGACACACACGACCGCGCGGCCAACGCACUCCCCGACGUGGGAGGAGAAGGUGACCGUGGAAAUCGACGCGGCAGAUGCCGGCGAGGAAGAUCUGUCCCUGACGGUGGCUGACAAAGACACCAAGGAGGCCUUGGCAAGAUACAGCAUCCCCGUGAAGUACUUGCGCCCCUUCCACCAGUAUCACUGUGCGCUGGUGCUGCCUCGGAAGAAGGACCCAGUAGGAACGAAGCUAUACGUUACCAUCGUUCGGAAACACAGCCUCAUCCCGCGCUACGCGGGCGUGAAUUACACCGGCUUGGAGGUUUUCCUCAAAGGCAUCAAUGAGCCCUUAGCAAAACCUGAUGGCACCAUCAUCGCCGUCGGUCGAAUUGUGAACAACCUCGGAGCUUACAUGCAAGAAGCGAGGGCUCGGCCGCUCAACGUUCCUCCAGUCCCAAUGACCUACAUCAACUUCCCAGAUCCUACAAUGGAGGAUUUUGAUGUCCCGCGAGUCACGAACCACGGGUACCCACAGGUUUCUCCAGCUGGGGGGCCUCCUGAGCAACCCACGUGGGACGCCUCCUACUUGUUCCAAGGCAGGGAUGGAGCCACGGCGUUCUCGGACGAUACCGCUCUCGUGAUUGAAUACUACAAAGCCAUCCCAGGAGACCCGGAGAGCAUCCCCAAGGCCUUGGGCUUCUCUGUGCUGCCACUCACCAACCGGGUCUAUCGGAAGCUGGCAGCAGACAGCAGCAGGGGGGGGCUGCAAGUCGAAAACCUCCCCGUCCAGGAUACAUCUCUGCGAACCACAUCUGGAGGAAUUCCGACCAUCCAAGUUGGACUUCAGUUGAUCAAUGCAGAGAGGCCAGAUGUGUUUCUGAGUUCAUCGGCCACCAAAGCCCUGCCCCGCUUGGACUCAAACCUGGUGGGACAGCUGGGGACCAUCAAAGAGCCGUGGGCCAGGCCAUCUUCAAAAGCUGAACAAAAGGCAAACCUCGUCCCCCUUCCUGUUCACACAGGGUCCUACAUUGAACCUGAGCGUAAGACCUGCUACACUGAGCUGAUGACGCUGCCGCAAGAUGGGAUGCCGCCCCACGAGGCCGUGUCCGAGAUCCUGCCGGAGACACGAAUCACCAGGCCCAUCGUUGAAGAGGUCCAGGAGCUGGAGUCGGACAAUUACCGCGCGGCCCUGCAGAAGAUGGCGGACGACAUCAUGUCCCUGCGCCAGCACGUCGCCAGCCUGGAGGCGGAGAACAGCACCUUGAGGCGCAACCUGAGCUUGCACGAGGACGUGGGCCGCGCCCUGUUCCACGACAUAGACCUUGAUGUCAUGACCAAGGCGGAAAUAGUCGACAAGAUCCUGGCCCUCAAGCAGAAGCUGUCCUCUGGGGCGCGGGAGAUGGCGCGGAUGAAGGACCGCGUGCAGCGGCUGCAGAACGAGUUGAUCCGGAAAAACGACCGGGAAAAGGACCUGGUGUUGCUUCAGCGAGCGCAUCAGCAGCAGCAGCUGGUGCUCAGGAGAUACCAGGCCAAGGUAGCCAAGAUGCAGACGCUGGAAGAGGCCGUGAGGCAGCAAGAAAAGGUGAUCGAGAGGAUGGAGAGGAUGUUGGAGGAGAAGAUGAAGGACCGGUUCAAAGAGGCGACCCUGUUCUCAGACUUGCCCCGAGGCACAGGCGACAGCUGGCCCAAGGAUCUCUACGCCACCCUGCUGAUGGAGAACACCCGGCUGCGGGACGAGCUGGGCAAGUCCUCGUUCCGCUCCCCCAUCAUCCUGCAGCAGCAAGCGUUGCCGGACACGUUUUCUGGCAGCACCGAAAAGCUCUCGUUAAUUUCUAAACUGGAGAGGGCCGAGGCGCGUGUCCACGCCUUGGAACACCAGCUGGAGGAAUCCUCCAGGAAAUGGGGCCGAGAGAAGCAGGAUUACAGCACUCGGCUUCUAGAGCAGGACCUCGGAUUUGGCCAAUCUCCAUCCUCCCUCAUCAUUCAGGAGUUCUUGCAGGACAAGAAGGCAGGGAGAGGCGAUGAAGACGAGAAGACUGCAGUCAAGACCGGGAAGAACGCGUACUAG